AUGAUCUCAUGGACUGAGUCCACAACCUUGGUCUCAAUCCCUAGCAAGCUAACCAUCACAAUGACUUACACCUCUGUUUUCCCCUCUUCAGUGGGCACUGCUGCCCAUGGCGUCAGCCCCCGAGCAGUAUGGCAGUUCCGAAAAAUGAUCCAGUGUGUGAUUCCUGGAAGUAAGCCCCUGCUAGAAUACAAUGAUUACGGUUGUUAUUGUGGCCUUGGAGGGAAAGGCACCCCUGUGGAUGAACUUGACCGGUGCUGCCAGGUGCAUGACCAGUGCUACACAGAUGCCAAGAAACUUUCCAGCUGCAAGUUUAUCCUGGACAACCCCUACACUGAGCUUUAUUCCUACAGCUGUUCUGGCAAUGUGAUCACCUGCAAAAGCAAAAACAAUGAGUGUGAGGCCUUCAUCUGCAACUGUGACCGAAAUGCUGCCAACUGCUUUGCCAAGGCACCAUACAAUGAGGAACACAAGAACUUGGACACUAAGAAAUACUGCAAGAGCAGCUAGAAGAAGGGGUCUCCCCACCCCCACCCCACCAGAGGAAGCCACCUUCCUCUGAGCCUACACUGAUCUUCAUUAAAGCAUAUUCCUGAAAGAUU